GGAAAUCAUAUAUUAGUCCUUAAUGUGUUUGCCUGUGAGUCUUGACGUCGCAUCAUCAGCCUGAAUAGCGCUCAAAGGAAUCACCAAGGAAUAAAUUAUCUACUGGGUGACUCAAGAAGGCUGUUAUGGAAGCUCCGGCACAUUGGCCCGCUGAAGUUGUUCGCACAUAUGCUCCGAUAAAGCCUCUCGGAAAGGGAGGAUUCGGCUCCGUUGUCCUUGCCCGGAAGAAGAAGCAAAACGAGAGCGGUAGCAAUCAAGACGAUGAGGUCGCCAUUAAAGUUGUCGGCUCCGAAAACGUAACUAAGCAAGAAAGAGGAUACGCUCACAGGGAAAUUGACAUUUUGAAGGAGCUUGACCACCCCAAUAUAAUGCGUCUACUGGAUUAUUGGGAGCCUCCCCGCACAGAUCAUACAUGUGCAGCUGUCAUGGCACUCAGCUACUCUAAGGGUCCAACUUUACAAAACUUGCUUGAAACUGGCGGCGCUUUGAGUUUCAAUUUUGCCCGAGUAGUAGCUGCUCAAAUCGUGGACGCCGUUACAUACUGCCAUUCGCGGGCAGUACUCCAUAGAGAUAUUAAGCCGGACAAUGUCGUCGUAUCUGUUGCAUCGAAGCGCGAAGACAAAAUUUGGGACAAUGAAGGACAAACGCAUAAUACGGACUGGGAAUAUCUUUUGAAGAAAUGGCGAGUCACUCUUAUUGAUUUUGGGUUUGCUAGGGCAUUGACGCCGGAUGAUAUGAGAAAGCCCCCUCCUAGAAUUGCAAAGCUUGACAUGGACGCUUCAACUCGCUCAGCAGGAAGUGCAUCUUCCAAUGGAUCAAAUUUGAACAAAUCCUUAUCAAGACUAUUUUCGCGACAAAUGAGCUCGUUGGGAAAUAGAAAGUAUGCCGCCCCAGAAAUAACCAAGGAUAUACGUCAGUACAAGCUUUCUUAUCACUCAAAUCCGGACGUAGAUGUGACGAAAACCCUAUCGGAUCAUGUUUCGUUCUACGGACUUCUUGCAGACGCUUAUUCCCUGGGUAACACGAUCAAGUACAUGCUAACCGGAGCGCCUCCUGACGAGGACGUCAAUCAAUUGAUUUCCUUGAGCAAUCACCCACUGGCCUUACUUUUUCGUUGUGUGCGGAGAAAGAAGGACAAAGAUACGGCCCAACGGACUGUCCGUUAUCGUCGAAGCUCCGACCUUCCGCCUGAAGUUGCACGUCUUAUACGUGGCGCGACGCACUACGACCCGCAGCAACGUACUUCUGUCCGGACCAUGCGUCUAUAUCCAUGGAUAGACGACGUUUUAGUCGAUCGCGAAAGUCUUCCUAGUACGGCAAGGCACGUGAAUUACCUCUCAUUCGUUUUGAAACUGGAAAAAGAGGACGAUUUGUAA